AGAUUGCAAUCGAAAAUUAUAAAAUUAGUGGACGUCUCUUAUGGUGGAGAAAAUGGUUUCAACCAAGCAAUAGAGUUAGCUGCAGAAUCGCUACAAAAUGUCAAGUUCAUUCAAGAAAAAAAACUUAUUGGUCGCUAUUUUGAUGAAAUAUCUCAGGAUACAGGAAAAUAUUGUUUUGGGGUAGAAGAUACAUUACGUGCUUUAGAGCUAGGUUCCGUUGAAACUCUUAUAUGUUGGGAAAAUUUAGAUAUUCAACGUUAUGUUUUAAAAAAUCAUGCUAAUUCAACUUCGACUACUGUUUUACAUUUGACACCAGAGCAAGAAAAAGAUAAAUCGCAUUUUACUGAUAAAGAGAGUGGGGUUGAGAUGGAGUUAAUCGAAUCACAGCCUUUAUUGGAAUGGUUAGCAAACAAUUACAAAAUGUUUGGUGCUACGCUUGAGAUUAUUACAGAUAAAUCUCAGGAGGGCAGCCAAUUUGUUAGGGGAUUUGGAGGUAUUGGAGGAAUAUUACGUUAUAAAGUGGACUUCCAGAGUAUGCAAUUAGAUGACAUCGAUAAUGAAUGUUUCGACUUAGAUGACUACUAGAUAAAUUGAUUUUACUUUAUUUUUGUUUUGUUUUUUAUUUUUUUUUUUUUUUUUUGAAAACAAA